CGCUCCCCCGCCACCACCUCCUCCUCCUCCGCCGUCUCCCGUCCUCCUCUCACCAUGUUUCGUUGGAGGAGUAACUCUCACCACAGUGAGGAGGAUGACUCACUGCAGUCCGAGUCCAAGGUGGAUGAGCUUAAGACUGCUAUGGGACCCCUCUCUGGGCGAAGGUUGAAGUAUUGUGAUGAUGCCUGCUUGAGGAGAUAUUUGGAAGCUCGAAACGGGGACAUGGACAAAGCAAAGAAAAUGUUAGAUGAGACGCUGAAAUGGAGAUCAGAUUUUAAGCCCGAGGAAAUCAGCUGGGAAGAAGUUGCUGUUGAAGGUGAAACUGGAAAAGUAUACAGAGCAAGUUUUCAUGAUCGUCAUGGAAGGACUGUUCUUAUAUUGAGACCUGGAAUGCAGAAUACACAAUCGCUUGACAACCAGAUGCGACAUCUAGUCUACUUGAUAGAAAAUGCCAUCCUUAAUCUCCCAGAGGGUCAGGAACAGAUGGCAUGGUUGAUAGACUUCACAGGGUGGUCCUUGAGUACCAAUGUGCCCAUCAAAUCUGCAAGAGACACUAUUAAUAUUCUGCAGAACCAUUACCCUGAGAGGCUUGCUGUAGCAUUUCUAUACAACCCUCCUCGCAUUUUUGAAGCAUUCUGGAAGGUCGUGAAGUACUUCUUGGAUGCUAAAACUUUUCAAAAGGUUAAGUUUGUGUACCCAAAAAACAAAGAAAGUGUCGAGCUCAUGAGAUCAUUCUUCGACGAGGAGAACCUUCCUACCGAGUUCGGAGGAAGAGCAAAUCUGAAAUACGACCAUGAAGAGUUCUCUAGGCUAAUGGCCGAGGAUGAUAUUAAGGCAGCCAAUUUGUGGGGAUUUGAUCGGCAACCUGAGAAGAUCUUUCACCUUGGCAACAAGCAUUCUGGAGCUGAGGUGGCUCCUGAGCCCGUCGCGGUUGCCCCACCAGCAAGCUGAGCAUCUAUACUGCAUUCGGUAGGUAAAUAAGCAGGCUAACAUGUGCGCCCGAAUGAACGAACGUGAUGGUCAUGAACCUGGCUAGACAGUAUGGGUAGUUGCUAACUGUCUACGGCUAUUCUCAUUAUUAUAUAUUUAUACAGAGCACCUACAGUUGACAUAACUAGCAUUCUGUCGGGAUGACGUCCCUCUCUGUCUCGGGGACCUCUGUCUCGAUUUCCGUUUCGGAAAAAAAUUUGCACCAUUGGUCCAUAAACUUAUGUACUUACAACUUCAAUGCGAUAAUUAAAUUCGACCCUAUAUUUUCAUUGCGUUCA